GGCGGUGCGAGAUUUCCAUCCCCCCCCUUGUUGAGCUCCGAUUUCUCUGUUUCUGAAUCUAAGGUGCCUUUUCUUGAAGCGCCCAAUCUCCAUUUUCCCCGAUUGAUCUGUGCAUUUCGGUCGCCGGUGGUUUUUGCUGUUAAUUUUCUUCUCAGUCCGGUUUGAUCUGAUCAAAAUUAAGGAAGGAAGACGAUUGAAUAGAGAGAUUGAGAAGUAUGUGGAGCAUAUUGAAGUUAUGGGAGAGAGUUUUAAGAAUGGCAGAAGGGGGAUCUCGUUACUGCUCGAAGAAGAAGGAUGAUAUCUGCUACGAGGACUCCAGCCGUGAAAUCAGUGUGUCGAGAUUAAAAUGUAUUCUACGAGGCCUAGACUUCAAAAUCUACAUCUUUCUUUUCUUCCUCGUCCCCACAUGCGUGUACGGAAUCUAUGUCCAUGGCCAGAAAAUAACGUAUUUCUUGCGCCCUCUAUGGGAAAACCCGCCAAAGCCCUUCAAUGAGAUCCCUCAUUAUUAUCAUGAGAACGUGUCGAUGGAGAAUCUUUGUAAGCUUCAUGGGUGGAGAAUCCGGGAGUACCCUAGACGUGUGUAUGAUGCAGUUUUGUUCAGUAAUGAAGUGGACAUACUUAACAUAAGAUGGCAAGAGUUGCACCCGUACGUGACUGAAUUUGUUUUGCUUGAAUCUAAUUCAACUUUCACCGGAUUGCCAAAGCCUUUGCACUAUGCAAUCAACAGGAAGAGUUUUGACUUUGUUGAGUCACGGCUAACUUACGGGCAAGCUCCGGGCAGGUUUCGGACUGGAGAGAACCCGUUCAUCGAGGAGGCUUAUCAACGGUUGGCAUUAGACUAUCUUCUCAAGCAAGCUGGAAUUCAAGAUGAUGAUCUCUUGAUAAUGUCAGAUGUUGAUGAGAUUCCUAGCAGACACACUAUAAAUCUGUUGAGGUGGUGUGAAGACAUACCAAUGAUUCUUCAUCUCCGGAUGAAGAAUUACCUUUAUUCUUUUGAAUUCCUUGUGGAUGACAACAGCUGGAGGGCCUCAGUCCAUAGAUACCAAUCUGGUAAGACGAGGUACGCCCAUUAUCGGCUGUCAGACGAUGUCUUGGCUGAUUCUGGGUGGCACUGCAGCUUCUGCUUCCGCCACAUCAGUGAGUUCAUAUUCAAGAUGAAAGCCUACAGCCACUUUGACAGGGUGAGGUUUUCGCACUUUCUGAACCCGAAGAGAGUCCAAAAAGUGAUAUGCAAAGGGGAUGAUUUGUUUGAUAUGUUGCCCGAGGAGUACACGUUCAAGGAAAUCAUCGGCAAAAUGGGGCCCAUCCCACACUCCUACUCAGCCGUUCAUCUCCCAUCCUAUCUCUUGGAGAACGCCGACAAGUAUAAAUUUCUCUUGCCGGGGAACUGCUUGAGAGAAAGUGGCUGAUUCAUGAGUUAGUCCACUUUUUUUCGUUCUUUUAUCACACUUUUGCCUUGUCCAAUACAAAAAGUGGUGUACCCAAACCUUCAUAAGAAAAAAAGGGAUGAAUCCAUCCCUUCUUGGUGACACGACAGUUAUUUUGGAGGAGGUAAAUUGAGUUGUAAUUUUGAUUUGGCAAGUAAAAAAAUGAGAUCUGUCUUUCGUGCAUGCAAACAUUCCAUCCAUAUAUUUGAUAUUACCAUUAGAGGUCGAACUAGAACUUCAGAGU